CUCUUUGUUGUUCGCUGUCGCAAGACCAGCUCUGUAUUAAAGACAAUCAGUUUUAAAUUUAAAUGCAAUUCUGUGUGUAUGUCAGGAAACUUUUGUACUGCCCUAAACAAAUAUUUAGUGGGGGUAUUGCCACAAGUCGGGUCCUUAAUUGCAUUUGAGUAGCGAUUUCACAUUGUCAAAUAUGGAGUCUUUGUUGUUUAAUAGAGAAAUAUUUUGAUAUCAAAUUGCAAUAUGAGCGACGAGGAUCCGCAGUUUCAAGGCCUACAUGUAGGUACCGCACCGAUUGACUUUGAUUUCCUGCAAAGUUUGGAAAGAAAUUUAGAUUCUGGCGGAGAAUCAGCGGAAAAUGGAAGGAACGUAAACUCCACACUUAGCCAGCAUUCGGAAGAAAUGGCAGAUAUGAUAGACUACGGGAUUACGUCACAACCUGCAAGAAAGGAGAAUAUUAAAAAGAAUACUAAAUCUCAAACCCAUACUUGUCACAAUGUGCGCAAUCGGCAAACAGCGAGGGAGAGUUCUAAAAAUUCGAAGAACGCACGGCGACCUCGAAGUGGAGGGGCUAAAUCCCCGGAGAGAAAAGUUACAAGAGGAAUAUCAAUAAAUGUGAAUCAACAGACUGUCGAGAUGAGAAGGAGGGUGCUGGACCUGGAGAAGGAAGUCGAUCUUUUACGGGGGGAAAACGUGUCCCUCCGGAAACAGCUGACCAUGCCCCACCCGGUCAAAAGGUUGACGGAUGAAACCAUUCACAGCAGAAUUCAGUCAGGGAUGAAGAAGGAGAAGAAACUAUUUGAAAUAUUGUUGUCAGACAACGAACGGAAGUUUCACGAAUUAGAAUCAAAACACAGGUAUCUCAUAGAGGACAAAGACACCUUACAAUCCAGGAUUCGGAUUUUUGAAAAAGAGACCGAAAACCACAUUAGCACACUUCAGCAAACAAGAAAGGAGCUCUUCGCUGUGUCAGAAAAUAACAAGGUGAUAGCAGAGGAAAAUAGACUGUUAACGAAAGAAAACCAUGCCCUUAAAUCUAGAAUGCAAAAAUUGGAAGCAAAAUCCACGGAGAGUUCCGAACAUGAGUUGAUUCUUCGACAGCAUAUAAGAGAGGAGUACGAAAAGAAGCUCCGAGUGCUGGAGAAAGAAAUACUGGCUACGAUCUCAAAAGGGGACAAGAAAAAAGAUAUGCACAGAGCCAAAGGUAAACAAGACCUGGACAUAGUGACGGAACAUUAUCAGGCCGUGAUUAAAAAUCUACAAGCAGACAGGGAAAAGGUGCAGAGGGAGAGAGACGCGGCUAUCUUAAGAGUUCAUCAAUACAAAGAAAAAUGGAGCGAUAAAUGUAAACGAGAUGAGAUUAAACACAGAGGGAAAAUCCAAGUUCUCGAAAGACAAGUUCGUGAGAUGGAGAUGGAGAGGGGCUUCCUGGAAGAGGAGAAACACUCUCUAGAAGAAAGAGUCGGUAAACUGUUGGAGAAGAAUGAACAAGAGGCGGACACCCUGAUGCAGAUUGGAGACGUGCUACGUAAGCACGACAACGACCUGGAGAAACAAGUCCAGGAGUUACACCACGAAAAACAGGAAUUAGACAAAGAGAAAGAGAUACUACAAGAACAAAUAUUGCUGCAUGAAAAAUCCCGAGAGAGCAUGCAGUUGCAGCUAAAGACCACCAGAGAGGUUUUAGAAAACAGGAUAAGUGAAUUGUACCUGAAAAAUGAACGGCUGCAGACAGAAAACGCAGAACUAAAAAGAUGUACGGAUGCCAAGAAAGGGGAUUGGAUACGCACUAUAUCAGAUAUUAUGGGAUAUGAAAAAGCCUCAAAAAGUGAAAAAGAGACCCAAUUUCAAAAUAUGAUAGAGACAUUUCAAAACGAGAAGAAAGAAUUGGAUGGUGAAUUAAAUUUUCUCCGUGAAAGGUUAAAAAAUAUUGAGGAGGAGAAAGAAACAGCUCUUACUUCAAAAGAAGCUGCUUCCAAAUCCCAGAAAGAAGAACUUGAAAGAUAUCAAAAAGAGUUAAAAUCUCUAAUGGAAGAAAAGAAUAUGUUAAUCAAAAGGUUUAAAGAAAUUGAAAGGAAAAAGGAGGAUAUAAAAAACGAAAUGGAAACAUCAAAACAACAAAUGAAGACAGAGUUUGAAGAAAUGAUUGACAAACUUAGAGACGAAAAUAGUGUUUUAAGACAGGAAAAGGAAUCCCUCCAGGCUAAGGUAGAUGAGUUGGAAUACACCCUCACAGUGAAAGACAUAGACGACGAGGAAAACACACAAAGUGACAUCGCUAAUUUCCAGAAAACAAUUGAAGAUCUACAAGAACAGGUCACAAAAGAAAGGCAAAGAUUCCAUGAAAAAGAAGAAAAAUGGAAAAUAUUUAAUGAGGCACAGUCUGAGAAAGAGGAUGCCUUGAAUAUUAGAAACGCUAGUCUGGAGAGAACCGUACAAAAGUAUCUGAGGGAAAUCGACACCUUGAAAAAUAGAAUUUUGGAUCACGAGCAAGGAAUAGGUCAUUAUCAAAAUCAAAUAGAACACAUUCUUCAGGAAAAAGCUCUAAUUCACAAACAAUUAAAAGAGUACCAAAACAAAAAAGAAACGACUGCGAACGAGGAGAUGGUGUUACACAUACAAACAGAAAGUAAAAAACUGAGAGAAAUCGAGGAGCAGUUGGAAAGAGAAAACCAGGAUCUGAAAUCAGAGAAACUUACCUGGGAGGUGGAGAGAAAGAACCUUGAAGAGAGAAUUAGGUCAAUGGAAAACCAACUAAAGUUAAAAGAAAGUAAAGUCACCAAUUUGACACAGGAAAAAGCACAGUUGCUUCAACAAAACGAAGCUAUACAAUCUAGACAUAGAGGAAGAGAAUCAACAAAGAUGAAUGGUGACGUCAGCGCCGUUAUACGCGGUAGCGGUAUUGACGUCAUGGAUCUCGGUCAACGUUUCUCUGACCUGUACGAAAAGGAGUUCCUGGAAUCCCUGAGAUCGUUAGUCAGUGAUUCAGAGCUUUGUCUGGAUGAGGGAGACGCCAUAGAAAUUCUAUUAAACAUAUUACAGACAAUCAUCAAAGAUUGUGAGCGAUUGGCAGAGGAACAAUUAGAUGAUUUACAAAUGGUAAUGGGUAUGGAUGUGGAAAGUGAAGAAAACUUAACAAAAAUCAGACACAUUAGAAAUUUCAUGGCAGUGGACUGUUUGUCUAAUAUUACAAAGAAAAUUCAACAGGGGACAUUAAAGAAAUCCUUUGCAGAAUACAUUGAACAUUGUAAAAAUUUCGUGGAAAAGGCCAUUGUGCUUUGUUGGUUGAUGAAGAACAUGGAAGAACCAAUUAGAUUAGACUUUUCUGUGAAUCACGGGGAUACCAUGAAUGAACUAAAGUAUCAGUGCUAUUCAGAGUCAGGGAAGGAAAUUGACUAUAUGGUUUGGCCAGUCUUGUUGUUAAAAGGAGAGGUCCUACAGAAAGGAGUUGUUCAGACGAGCUAAUGUGCGCUAUAUCGAAGUGUUUUUUUUAUUCUGGCAGUUCAUUUAAACUUUAAAAAUUGAUUUAUAUAAAAUAAAUAGAAAUUGUCCAAUAUUGAUUUCUAAAAAAUGAAAAAAAAACUUGUUUUAGACGAAAAUGACGGCAAAUCAAGAUUAAAAUAGAAAUGUACAAUGUACGCAAAACAAUCCCAUACACGAAAUUACAGGUAAAUUAUUGUUUUGUGUGAACACCAUUCUAUUUAUUCCUACACAAUGUUAUAGUGUUAGACAGAGAAGGCCAUCACAUCAAAUGAUUGUUUUUAACAGUGAGUGCGCCCAUCUUGUUAUUUUCGAUUUAAAAAUGAUUUUCAUAUUUAACAGUAGUGAUCUCAUCGAAACAAGAAAAUUUAAAAUAUGUUCGUUUCGUCCCAUUUCCCCAUGAGCAAUUUAUAGCACAGUCACAUGGAUCAGCCGCUCAUGAAUUCAAAACAGAUUACAAAAGAGCAGAUUUCGAAUAUUGCAUUACAAACAACUUAUUUUAGAUCCGUCUUUAAAAUAAGAUAUUGCAAACUAGUUAUGGAUAGGGUUGAUUACUCUCAAAAGUAAUCGAUUAAAUUACAAUUACAUUUGAUUUUAAAAGUAAUUGAUUACAAGUUGAUUACAUCCAUUUUUAUAAGUAAAUGAUUAUAUUUUAUUACUUUUUUCAUGUAAUCAUGAUUACUUACGAUUACU